AUGCUAUUCUCUUACUACGAACGCCCCGGGCUUCAUUGGAGUCGACAACAAACUGUCACAUUCGUCGACAAGCUCCGCGAGGUCGCCACACUCUCUUUCGGACUUACUUCCCCCGACCUUCUCCCGCAAUACCAAUGCCUCGUCUACGACGGCCUCAACGAUAAAAUCAUCGUCGUAGCCAGCGACCCAUCCGGUCACCUCCUUGGAUUCCUCUCCUCCGUCCUCCUCCCUAUACCCGGCCUCCAGCACCCAGUCAUCCACAUGGGGCUCAUGUGUGCGCGCCCCGAAGCGCUGUCUCAUGGCCUCACACAAAGACUGACCAGUCGGCUACUCCGAGGCUACCUGACAAACCACGUCGAUGCCUUACUCGGCCUGCGCAAAAUAUGGUUCACGAAUACUGCUUGUGUUUGUCGUACUUUGGGCGCUAUAGCGCUCGAGCUGGACAUGGUGUAUCCUUCGCCCCAGUUCCCUCCAUCAAACGGUCCACCGAGUAAAACACACGUACUCAUCGCAGAAACGAUCGCUACGUCCGACACUCUUCGCAGAGCGUUGUAUAUACCACCUUCUUCGGAGUAUGAUAAAACGACGAGCGUCUUUCGGGGAAGUGUGCCGGGGACGAUAUUCAUGAAGGAGAAGGAAGACGAACGUUAUCACCACCGCGACCCGGAAAUCACCAAAUUUUACCAGGAGUUGAUGAAUUGGGAGAAUGGAGAUGAGGUUUUACAGGUUGGAAUGCUCAGCGUAUGGGCUCUGGUGGCUCACUGGAAGAAGACUUUGGCGAAGUUAUGACUGUCUGGCC